AUGGUGGGAAAUCAUUUAUAUGAAAGGGGGUUUAUGGAUUUCUAUUUUAUAUGGACGAGCCACGGAGAGCAGUGUGGCUAUUCUGGUGAAGCAUCAACAAGCAACAUUCAAGAUCAUGUUGAUGAGGGCACAAAUUCUCCAGUGGAGAACAUGAUUCAUGACGAAUAUCAGGAGACUAAUAUACCAUACGGUGGAUCUGAUGAGAAUGUUUUUGAGGAGCCAUCUGGAGAUGCAAGUAUAUUCUUCAAGAGAUUAGAGGAUGCACAACAACCAAUCUACGAGGGUUGUGCUGAAGGGCUUUCUGGACUAUCAUUGUCUUCACGACUCAUGAAUAUAAAGACUGAUCAUAAUCUGUCUGAGGUGUGCAUGAAUGCAAUCUGUGAUGCGUUCACCGAUUAUCUACCAGCGAAUAAUCGAGCUCCAGAAUCAUAUUAUGAGAUUAAGAAGUUGACAUGGUAUAAACCAAAAGCAGAAGGUGGAGGAAAAAACAUCCCUUAUCAGAGGAUGUUUUAUAUGCCUAUUGGAGAUAGGUUGAAGCAUUUAUACCAAUCAGAGAGGACUGCAUCACACAUGAGAUGGCAUGCAGAACAUUUGUCUCCCGAAGGCGAGAUGCAUCAUCCAUCAGAUGGGGAAGCAUGGAAACACGUCCAGAAGCCGUUGAUUGAAGAGUUGAAAGAUUUAUGGACAAACAGCAUAAACACCUAUGAUGUGUCGAAGAAACAAAAUUUUGUGAUGCGAGCAGUCUUGAUGUGGACGAUAAGUGAUUUUCCAGCAUAUGGUAUGUUUUCUGGGUGGAUGACCCAUGGACGACUUGCUUGCCCAUAUUGUCUUGAAGAAACAGAAUCUUUCUGGUUAAGAAAUGGGAGAAAACAAAGAAAUGGGAGAAAACAUAGUUGGUUCGAUUGUCACAGGAAAUUUCUCCACGAAGAUCAUCCUUACCGUAGAAAUGUGAGGAGUUUCACAAAGAACAGAUCAGUUAGAGAACUUCCACCUUCGAUUUUGAGUGGUGAAGAAGUUCUUUACGAGAGAAUCAACCAGAUUGAUGGGUUGAAGUGUUCUGUUGUUUGCGGAGGUAAUGGACAUAUACCUCGCGAUAUCGAUGGUUAUGGUGAUUAUCACAAUUGGAUAAAGAAGAGUAUUUUCUGGGAGUUUCCGUAUUGGGAAAAUCAGUUGCUUCGACAUAAUCUCGAUGUUAUGCAUAUUGAGAAGAAUUAUUUUGACAAUAUCAUGAACACGGUAUUGAAUGUGCCUGGAAAGACAAAAGAUAAUUUGAAAUCAAGGUUAGACUUACCGCUAUUUGUAACAGAAAAGGAUUAG